AUGCCCCCGAUGUCCGCGUCCACCUCGUCGUCUUCCCGCCCACCGUCGUCCGGCCACAGCACGAGCGCGAGCGCCCGAACCUCGGCGUUCGCCACCACCCCCGGCACCACCUGCGGCGAGGGCCGCACUCUCAGCCAAAGCACCAACUCCCCAGCAGACGCCCCGCCGCCGCGGCCACCGCGGUUGCGCCGACGGGAGACGACCAAGGAGCUGAUCGGGCGCUUCGAAGCGAUGGGAGGGGCCGACGAGGAUCCUGAAGCUGGUGGCGGCGGCGGGCGCCGUGGGACGCGCGCUCGGAGUGGGACGAUGGCCGUGCCCGCGCCGGUGCCAGGGGAGAGGAAGGACAAGGGCCGGUCGCCGAUCCGCCAGUCGCUCCGGAACCUGCUCGCGGUGUUCAAGAAGGCGAGCAGGGUCGCGCCGCCGCCGCCGCCGUCGCGCAGCCCCACCCCGACCCUGAGCCUCAGCGCGCAGGUUGAGCGGCGGACGGAGGUCGUGCAGGCGGGCGUGCGGACGCGGGGCGCGCGCGCGUACGAGGACUUGUCUACACCGCCGCCGCCGCCGCCACCGCCGCGCAAGGACCUACGUCUGGAGAUCCCCACCGCGCGCGAGCCGGUCCCCGACACCGUCUGCCUCACGCCCGCAGAGGACAACGCGGGCAUGAAGACCGGGCCGCUUCUCUACCUCGCGCGUCUGCCCGCGUCGUCCAGUUCCGCUACGCCGCUGCCGCCGGUGUGGAUGCCGUGCACGGUGACGCUGCACCGCGCACACCUGCUUGUCGUGUCUGAGACCACGGGCGGCCACCCGGUACCGCGCGUGAUUCCGUUGGGCGAAUGCGCGGACGUGCGCUCGCUCGCGGACGGAGAGGUGCGCCCAGCCGAGCGCGCAGGGCUGCCGGACGAGGGGGCGGGGUCGUGGAAGGCGCUGGAGCUGGUGUUCGAGGGGAACGCGAAGACGCGGGAGAGGUUCGUCGCAGGCGGCUUGGCUGAGCGGGCGAAUUGGGUGUGUGCGAUCUGGUGGGCCGUCUUCGUUCUUGUUGGCGUGGACGUGCAGAUGCUGAUGAGUUCGGGAUGCAGGAACGCCGUGCUGAAGUUGCAGAGCGAGGGGUGUUCUUCGCUUGCUGCGAACGACGACGACUUGCAUCUUCGGGAUGAUGACCUGGGAAAAUCCGUAAAGCGCACCUCGACGCGCUCAAGCCAUCGGCGCGAACCCGCGGAGCACGAGAGCGCGAUGUCGCGUCUGACGACUGCCGACAUGGAGCGCACCCGCACCCUUCCUCCCAUCCCCGUUACACCGAAUUCUUCCAGCCCUCGGAGAUCUUGCGCCACCCCGGUCGACGCGACUCCGUCCGCACGGCCACAACUGGGGAAUCGCUUGACGUCCUUCGCGGACUCUGUCCUCUCGACAAUGCCCGCUCCUCCCUUGGUGCUCACGCCUAGUCCGCGUGGGAGUCGCUUCUCCACACGUCCGUCUAUCCAGAACCUCGACAAGAAGUCGGUCGUCCGGCAGCGGCUGGCGCAGAUCGAGUGUGGAGGUGGGAGCGCGAGCCCCGUGUCCUCGAGACCUCAGAGCCCCAUCUCUCCGUUGUCAAUGGCGGGCCGAAGAAGGAAAGGGACCGCGUCCGGGUCGGGGAGGGAACAGAUGGAGCGACAAGACACGGACGCAAGUCGAGAAGGGUCGUUCUUGGAGGCAUAUAUGGGGAAGGAGGAGGAGGAGGAGGACGACGACGACGAUGACGAAGUCUUGCUCCGGUCAAGGUUGCUUGCCCCAUUUGCGUCCGCGAUGGUGGAGAUCAAGACCCUGAACGACCCGCCAGCUCGUCUUUCAGCCGCUAGCAACGGGGCAAAGGAGCCUGCCGACCGGGUGACAGUGUUGAGGAACGUAGGCAGGAACACCGCCGCGAGCUCCGCCCCAUCGGGUUCAGUGGAUAUCGCACCCGCGGCCGUGGAUCCGACUGUGAAGCCGAUGAUUGAAAACAUCCAGCACGGCAUCCAGGUCCUACACGACGGCUCAGCGACGCAAGUCGACACCAUGAACGGCAUACGCACCCGCGUUGACGACGUCUUCUCAGAGCUACGGCACCUAUCCGACUCCAAUCGCGCGAACGAUGCCGACAUCCUUGCGAAGAUGGAGGAACUCCAAGUCGACGUCCGAGGCCAAAUCUCCAAGUUGCGUGCGACGGUGAAGACUGCGCAGAACGCUUCCAUCAGUAAGGAUCCAGUUGUCCAGCCGAGUGUCGAGCUUCCAGGGCUGGCUGAGUUGCAUGAAAAGCUGGAGAACCUCGUCCAGCUUGCAGAAGCCCGACAGUCCCGCAUCGAUGAGGCUGGCUCCGAGGAGGGGCAGAACGUUCCAAGCAACCUCGAAGAAGUACUCAUGACCCUUCGGGACGCAGAGGAACAGAGGGCAUCCCAGAUGGAACAGCAGACGGAUAGUAUCCGGUACCUCAAUCAGCUCAACACGUGGCUCGAAGCCUUCGUGAAGCAUGGAAUAUCCCAGAUCGAGGGUGUGGCGGGCGGCGUUCAGCAACUCUGCAGAGACCUUGGACCCGUGCAAGAGUUGCAGGACGCUCCUCCGAACGACAGAGAUGACCUCGGAGAUGAAGGAGAGCCGAAGCUGGUGUAUGAGAGCGGGGGCCUACUCUCAGACGUCCGCAAGCUCCUCGUGCAGAACAUGGAGCGCGAGCAGAGCAAUGUGGAGCUCCACGCUUCCAUGGGGGGACUCAUCGCCGCGGUGCAGGAGGACAUGCGGAGGAAUGCAGAAACGCGGAACUCGUUGACUACGGAGUCGGUCAUCGGCCUCAUUGAUCGCCAACGACAGGACCAGGAGCGCCUGUUGAAAGCUGUCGCAGCGGAGCUUUCCAACGACAUUCGAGGGGAGAGAUUGAGAUUCGUAGAAGCCAUGAAGGAAGCCACGGCUAUCAAUGUUCAAAGUCAUGUCGAAGAGUUCAAGAAGGAGCUCACGCGCGAGGUGAUGAUGAUGACCCAGGAGGUGACGCGGUUGCAGAGGGAGAGGCAGGGCCUUGAGACGCAGAUCUCCGACCUCUUCGCAUUCUACUCGAAGCAGAAACAAACCACUCCAAGGCCGAACGGCGCGCAGCCGGCUGCGCUUCCAAAUGCUGCAUUUCAGCUCCCAUUGCGCGCAUACUCCAUGAUCCCUGCCCUGCCUCCAUCCCCACUUCGUCGCCCGCUUCCUAGUCCUGCGCUAAGCAGUGUUCGAGAGUAG